ACUGUGUGUGUAUUGGGGGGAUCGCACGGUAGGUUAGGGUGGUGGAAACCUGGUUCCCUUUUUCGAUCUGCUUCUUCGUGGGUUGAGCUUGGGAGAGCGACGGGAGAGAGAGAGAGAGAGAGCUGUGUUUACUGUCAACCCUCACGACACACCGGGAAACAACCCACGAAGAAAUGGAAAAAGCGGCAGAAGGGAGAUAACCGGAGAAAUUCCUCUUUUGGGGUCGUGAAGAGACCGACGUUGGCAGGAGGAGGGGGCGAGUGUGUGAGAAAAAGGAGAACAUGAAUAGAAAGAAGUUAGAACAAGGCGACAUAUUAUGAAGAAUAAAGGCUCUUUGUGAUUGUAGCAUCAAAGAAACGUACCUUACCACAAUAGAGAGAUAAAGAAAAACAAAAAAACAAAAUUUCAGUGAUAGAUCUAUAUAUAGAAAAGAAGACGAAAAGAUGUAGCUUGAUAACAAAAUAUUAUGUUAUUACAGUUUGUAAUUAUAGUUGGACUCUGGACAUAAUUGAAUACUUUAAAAGAUAAUAUAUUUUCCCAGACAAAGUUAGUUACUAAAAAAAAACGACUUGACAUGAAUGGAAUUUGAACCAGAUCCUAAUACAAUAAAGGGCAAGAAGAAAGACAGAACGUGAAAGUCCUGUCCACACGAGCAGCCGAUUGUGAAUGAAAGAAGGGAGGAGCAGGAGGAGGAGGAGGAGGAAAAAACGAGGAGUGAGAUUUGUCGGUGUGUAGUUGUACUGGUGUGUGCUGGUGCGUGCUUGUGCGUGCUGGUGCAUGCUGGUGUGUGCUGGUGUGUGCUGGCAGAGGGAUGUGUAGAGAAAAUCUCCUGACACACUCGCUGAGUGAGGGCAGACGAUGCUUCAGUGUGUGCGGAGUCAAAUCAAGACUGCUGACGAGAAGCUGCGCAACAUAGGCAAGCCUCAACAGCAGUCAGCAACAGUAGACCAGACGCAACACUUCACCUUUUACAAGCAUCAACAACAGCACGAUCAGCCCCAACAGCAGCAGCAACAACAGCAAAAACAGCAACUGCAGCAGGACCUGAACCUACUCCAACAACGCCAGCAACAGCAACAAGAACAGCAACACCGACAGCAGCUAGACCUCUCCUCCGAGACCAGAAGCCCUCCACGACGAAGUGAGCCUCGCAGUCCUGACGUCAGAGAAAUGGCUGAGCGGGCAAUAGCCAGACAAGGAAGACGAGACAGGCAGGGGAGCGGUCAGAGAGCAGCAGACGAGCUCGAUCGAGCGGAGAUAAAGAGGAGAUCCCGGAGCGAGGGGCCUAAUAGAAGAGUGAGGCAGUCCAUGGACGAGAGGGAAGGAGGGAAGAAGCAGAUAUUUGAUGGGGGUGGGGGAGUGAGGGGAAGAAGAAGAGAUUUAGAUUCGCCGGAUUCGGAUGAUAGUGAUCUACUUCCUGUUAGAUCUGCGCAUGCGCGGUAUGAUUCUGAUUCUGACAGUGAUCCCAAGAGGUGGACGAAGAACCCACUGAUGGUCAGGAAGGUGAGGAAGUCAGAGAAAACGAAACAUGUUGAGAAGCGGAUGAGUGGGUCUGGAGAGAAUGGGGUGUCGCAGAGAUCCACUACCAGGGAUAGCUGGACCUACUAUGGCAACGAGGAUGGAAGCAGCGGUGGGGGGAACUCUAGUUCCAAAGACGGGAGUGGGAGUAAAGGUAGCAGCAAGUAUCAAAAACUGGAGGAGAGAAGAAAAAAGAGGAUAAAUUUAGCCGUGACGUCAGAUGAGGAAAAUACUCCGGCUUCGCGGAUUUCCCGAUUACGUCAGAGGGCUAUUCAGAGCGGUCUCGGCCAGCAGACGAGGUCUCCGGCUAUAUCGCAGGAUCUGAUGCUUGGUGACAAUAUUCAGUGGCAGAUACACCCUAGCCAGCAGCAGCAGCAACGUAAGCAACCACUGUCCCAGCCACAACAACAACAACAACAACAACAGCACCAACCGUACCGCCCCCAGCCAGCGCAGUACCAGGGCGAGAAACAAAGGUUUCCCGCCAGCAUCACUAGCAGUACCGACGUACAAAUCCUCCCGCGAAACGCGCCGUACGCCUCGCCCAGAGAGCCUCUACGUCAGUCGUUCUCUAGCGGUGUGUCGCCUAGCGUCAAGCCAAGGGCACCGUUCUCUCCCCCUCCAUCCCAGAACAUGCAGUCUUCUUUCACCACCAGCAUACAAUCCCAGAGGCAGGGGUUCCAACCCAUCACGAAGGUUGGCCAAGCCUCCUUCGAGACGACAACGCCCUCACGGCCGUACCCCCAACAGCAGCACCAACAACUCCAUAACCAAUCUCCCGUGUCUCACAUCCAGGGUCAGAAAGUCCCGCCAGCCAGACCUCCCCCUCCUGUUCUCUCAGCCGCCCGUCAGUCUUUCUUUUCCUCCCCGGAUCAACAACACGCCAGCGUGAGUACGGCACGUGCUGUGUACAACAGCUCACCCGAGGUGGUCCCGCACGUCCGCGCGGCAUCAGCUGACUCCAUACUGGACACGCCCACCCGCAGUUCUUACCCAAACAACGUCAGCAUCAUAAACCCAAACGUAAACAAUAACUCUAACCGUGUGUCAGGUGGUCAGUCCAGCGCUUAUUUCCAGAGUCCGCGAACAGCUCACGCCAGAGCGUCCUUGACCCCGCACGAGUCGGCGGCCUCAAGCGUCCCGUCAAGGUCACCCACACAGUUCAACGAGGUCGUGGAGAUGAGGCUGAGGGCAAACCGCGCGGAGAGACCUGCGCCUCAGCCGAAACUGGUGAAAAAGGAGACGGGCCCUUUCUCGCACAGCGAUGAUUCUUUGGACGAGCUAAUCGAGUCGAACAUUCAGUACCUGGAUAGUGAGAUAGACAAAGCGUCCAAAUUGAAGAAAGCUGGCAGCGUCAGUGUGUCAAGGUCAUCCAGCCUGCCGGACCCGCGUCGUCUGUCAGGUCAAGGCCCGCCCGACACUCAGCACGCCCCGACUGUCCAGGUCAAGCCCAACUCUAGCAUUCAGUUUCGUGUCGCACUUCCUGCAGAAUCUCCUCAGACAAGGAUGGGAGGAGGAGGGGCAGGAACUGUAGUAAUGGGAAAUAACUCUGGCCCUCCUGCAAUCAGAAUAGGCGGCGUGACCAGCAGCGAGUACGCGUCCUACGACUCUCCGAACAGAUUACAACCGGACGCAGGCUUACGACCAGAGAGGAAGUACUCGUACGACAGCCGUUCUCGAAUUUCGCGCCCCACCAGCGAAUACUUCGACCGAGAUGACCUGUCAAAAUCCGACAGCCAGCUCAACGCCCAGGUUGUUGUACCCAGUUACCUUGGCAACAACCUUCACCCUGAGCACGCCUAUGCCAGAGGCUGUGUCAGUGACGUCAACCUGACCUCCAAUCUUGGCAACUCGCUGCAGAUUCCCCAAGCUGACAAAGGCAUGUUUUCCGACGUGGAGUACGACAUAGAGGUGUCGGAGCGAGUCAAGAAGUGGGAGAAGUUUAUGAAGGUUCAGGACGGCCAGGAAGCAGAAGGCACGAAGAAGCCAGUCAGUUUGUCAACUAUACAAGAGAAAAAUGAAGAAGGUCUUAUGCUCCCGAGCGAAGUGAGAAAGUCCGUUCUCCUCAAUAAACAAGGAAGUUUCGGGAAUACAUAUCCUAAUGAAGUGGUGCCUUACACCGUGGCGGGUCCUAAAUCCUUUAGCUCUGAUAGUUCUAUAAAUAGAGCUGGAAAUUCGGAAGCUCCCAAAAUGUUUGCUGUUGAGACGAACGCCCACAGAUUCUUCCAAGUCAUUCAGGAUCCCCAGGCUGGGCCGAGGUUGGGCUUUCAGUCUCAGAGCGUCAGUUCUGUUUUCCACGCCCCUGUGUCCAUCCAGGCAGACCCGGCCUUCAUGAGCGCCAACGACUUACGUCAGAAAAUGUUGUCCAAUCGCCAGCCUGCUCCGUCAUCUACAUCCGGUCCGAUCGUCGCCAGCCACCAGGUGACGUCAUAUCAGAUGCCGAGCUACCCAAGUAGCGAAACGUGCACGCCAGUCGUCAUGAGAUCAGGGCUGAGUUCCUCCGCCAAAGACCCGGCAAAGCGGGGCUCCAAGUACCAGGACGAGUUGGAGGAGAUUUCCAACGUCAAGUCCGACUCGGUCGUAAGUCUGCGACGACGGUUUGACACCGACUCUGCCACAGUGACGUCAGACGAUGACCAGCGGUCCGUGUCCACGGCGUCUGCGAAGUUGAGUCGGUCAACGAAAGUGUCCAGUGUCCAGAAGUCUUCCGAGCCGUCCGACUGGACCAGCAUGGUACCCGAAUACCAGACCCGGUUUAAGGAAUCGGAUGUUUGGUCUCCGAACCUCGAGAGUACUCAAGGUGUUCCUGUCAGUAUCGAACGGGUAACUGCUCGCACGCUGCAGACGAUUCCCUUCUCAGAAGACCCGUUUUGGAAGGAAAUAGAAGAAAUGACCACGUUUGACCCUAGCAGUAUGGCUGGCCACCUUAGCGUGGGAGGAGGAGCGUCUCAAGACAGAGAGGUGGGGUUCGAACCUGUCAAAUCCCAACACGAAAUCGAGCUGAUGGCACCUCAGAGCUCGACGCUCCCGUCCCAGCCUCGCACCACCGCAGUGUCCGCCAGGGACAGGCUGCAGAGGUCAAAGUCUCUGUACACGCCCAACAUCACGCCGCUGACCAUCACAGUGGACAAGAACACGUCAAGCGCCACCAGCGCCCUGGACGACGUUCUAGAGGACAUACGUUCGUCCAUCGAGAGGAAACAGCUGAGUCCCAAAAAGAAAGCCCUGGAGCUAGCCUACGAGACUCAAAAAUCCUCAGCGUCUGCCGCCCUCAGUGCCGCUCCUGGGAAGAAAACGGCUCUUGAUUCAAUCCAGUCUGGCGUGCGGCUUGAAGGAGGCCAGCUGCUCUUUACCAACCCUAAGUUGGAAGCCGCUAAAAAGUAUGAUAACGGAGGUUUGUCACAUGUAAGAGCUGAGCAGAAACCAGCGCCAGCAAAACAGCCAAUGCAGUUUUACCAACAGCAGAGGCUACAGCAGCAGCAGACAAGUCGACCACAACAACAGCAAAACAGGCAGUCGCAGAUGCUGCAAGGAAAUGGGAAUAAUUACGAGCUGGAUCCGAAUUUGUUGAAGCAAAAGUUGUUGAGCACCGGGCUCGUCGUGGAGACAGACACAGAAGAGUACCCGAUGGAGACGCCCACAAAAGCCAGCAGCACUUUCACAUCAUACAAACCAGUUGCUCCCGCGUACAACCCUAUAGUCAUUUCUCAGCCAGGUUCCAGCUACAAUCCUGUCAUAACGCAGCCAGCAUCUGCCUACAACCCUAUCGUUUCCCAGCCCGGGUCUAGCAGCUUCAAGCCUAUAAACCCUCGCCCGAGUCAAAUAUCUCAGUCUAGGAGCUCGGCCUUCACACCUACAGCUGUCCCCUCAACAUCAGAGUCUUUGUUCACGGCGCCAACGAGGUCGUACCCCGUGCCCUCAAGAAGCUACAGACCAGGCACCAGCGCUUUAGACGACAUCCAACAAGCCCUCGCUCCUUUCAGCGCCACCUCCUACCAGCCAGGCCCUGAGUCGUUGUACGGAACAUCCAAGUUCGAAUCUUUCAGCGACAGCGGCAUGGACACCACCCGCGGACCCCACACCCAGGCCACAAGUUGGAUGUACCAGCCUGGCGGGGAGGAUGAGGACACGCCGAGCACGUCGUCCUCCAGCACGCUGCAGAAAGUGAACGAGUCGAUGGAUGAUUUGAAAAGUUUGGCCCAGAACGUGGAAAGGAGGAUCAACGUCAUCAAAUCCAGACUUCAGAGCGCGGACGAGAAGAGCUUAGACACUGUCCUCGAUUCUUUGAAAAAAUUCACACCGGAGACGAAAACCCAAGACUCGGAACCGGAGUCGUUUGAGGCGUACUACACUGCGAAAAAAUCCAAACUGUCGGACGCCCUGUCGGAGCUAGAUCGAAUCUACAACAACUUAGAUUUAAACACAGACGACAUGGGCUCUGUAGCUCCGCCUGAAAGAACAAAACCAAAACCUUACAGACCAACCAAGUCAAGCGAUUUUAUCCUGGCACCCAAGCCUAAAUCCGACCACCUGCGCCCUAUGCAGACGAGGAUUUCCUCAGUGUAUAUCCCAGGUCUUGAAACAAAGUCUAAAGCGGAGGUGGACAAAGAAACAGAGUCGGAGUUUGACAUCAUCUCCAAGUCGUUCCAGGCUAUCGUGGACGAGGUCAACAAGACCACGGACAUGUUCUCUAGGGCGGCGGAGAAGGGCAGACCCGAGAACACAGCGCCGGAGACUCAGAAGCAGACGUUCAGGAUCACCCUCAAGCCAGGGGAGACGUCAGACACUAUGACGUCAUUCACACCGGCACCGUUAACCAUGACGUCAUCAGUGGCAUCGGGACAACUGAAGGGGGCCCCACCAGCAACAGCUCCCAAACCCCAGGACUCCAAGUUGAAAGGAGGCGGUCGAUUCAGGUCAAAACUCCAACACGAUUUUGGGCGCGAAGAUGAUACGUCUGUGAAGAAAGGGCGGUCAAAAUCCGUACCCGAUAUAGAAACAAACGCGGCGGACUUACUAGCAGGGUCCUUAGACCCCACCGUCAGCGCCAACACAAAGUUCAACGCCACGGCGAUUCCUUACUCCAAAUCCACACCGGUAAAAGAAUCCGUGUCCUCCCCGGCGCCCGCCCCUGUGCCACCGCCCACCGCCUCCACCCCACCCCCGGCCGUGAGAAACAGACCCAGAGUCCGGCCCGUCAGGGACAACAGGAUCAUCCAGGACGACCGCGCUUCUCGCAAAGACAGCGGAGAAAAACUCGGCGUCUCCAUCUCCCCUCAGUCAUCCCCGAGAUUCUCAAGAAAGAUCAUCUACAACGCUGGCGUAGACUUAGAUGUGAACAUCCAGCCUCCCAAAAUGUUUCAAGACGCGGUUGACGACGUGGAGGAGAGCAACCAGCCACAGGCCAGUGUCAAGCAACAGGUGUUGGAAAGGUUUAACCCGAAACCCGUGGAGUCUGAGGUUAAGCCAUCACCUGUCUUGACCCCGAUUAAUCAGAGGAAAAUCCCGCCCCCGACAGCAGCUAAACCAACGGUCACACCGAUGACCUCUGCCCCCACGACCCCAUCUAUGGCAAGGUCGGAGAUUGCUGUAUCCGGCUCUAAAGGAUCAGAAAGUGUAGAGGAGAAGAAAGCCACAGCCAGAAAUAACGCCACUGCAGGGUUAGCAAAGCUCCAAAUUUCCUCUGUGAAAGCACCACAGCCCGCCGUACCUACGACACCGGUCGGUGCUCCUAGCUCUUCAUCUACAUCAUCGGCGAGCGUGAACUUGACCCCACCACUGACGUCAGAAGCCAGCCAGCCACAACCAGCAUUGUUGACCUCUCAGAAGUCUGACCCCUCAGACGCUGACGUCAAUGCCAGCGGGGGCGUCCGCGGGAGGCGGCGUCUAGGAAUGGGCGUAGCUUACAUGAUGGACAAGUUCUCUACGGGAGAAGACAGCCCCGACAGACUCAAAUCUUCCAAGCGGUUCGCUGCGACCAGUGCGCCAGAGUUGUCUGAAUCUCACGCGAAAAGUGGACAGAGCGAAACAGGAAAGGACACAACCACCGAUAUUGUAGAAGGUUGUGAAGGAGAAUCAAUAGAGAAGGUUUCGUCAGAAGUCAAACAAAGCGCAAACAAACCCGGGUCCCCUAAGCCAGUGAAGAGCCUAGCUCUACGGCGUAUGACUCCUGUGGACAGAUCGCCUCAACAGCCGCCCUGUGACGCUCCGAAAUCGCCGGCCUCUCGCGGGCUGGAGCGGAAGGUCAUUGAUCCGGAGGGUAAACAGCUGAGCUCGGGAACAGCAUCCCCUCAACCGUCGUCGCCCAGCAAACCGCCGCAGUAUCCAUGGAAACGACAACCGUCGGAUCCGGAAAAGCUGAUCUUCUUCCCGAAGUCAGAGAGUGGGAAAGUGGAGGCUCCCGAUUCCCCUGUCGAUUCUGCGUCAAAAGAUUCCUGCAGCUCCCCCAAAGUCGUGUCUAAGGUCACCAAAAUUGUAGGACCGUCCGCCGCAGCUGCAGCAGCAGCCUCAAAAAGUGACAAAUCUCUCGGCUCUCCAAAAGUCGUGAAGAAGAGGGUGAGACCUCCCAAUCGCCGAAUCCAGACAGACACGUCAACCUUCAGCCCCAGCGACAGACCUCAUAGCUUCCACGAGCUCAUGUCUUGCUACAACGACGCUGACCCGGCUCGUCUCCGGAGAAUCGACCGGUUCCGGAAGUCGGCAUCAGUGGACGAAGUGAACCCUGACGUCACCGCAGGCCGUUCCUUCCGCUCCGAGACAGGGGUGAUAACUCUCAACAAACCAGCACUCCCCCAGAAGCUGGGUGAAGUCGUCUUUAAAGUGGACCCAAAACCCAAGAGCUGAUCCUUCUCUGAUGUCGUGGUACAGCUAGAUAGUUGAUCUUAACAUCUGUUUCUGCCUAACAUAUGUAACAUCGAACGUAGAGUCGUUUUUGUUGUCUACAUAUUAUUACGCAUAUCGCCGCAUCUGCUAAGAUCAGCUCUCUCAAUUAUUUGGAAUAAAGUGUUCUUAGAAUAUGAAAAAAGAAUGACAUGACUCCAGCAGUCUUAUGAUAGGCAAUUACUGAAACGUGUUUUCAUGAACAGUUGCCACAAAGUUUCGAUCUACGCACAUUAUUUUUAUGUGGAACAUAAACAAGAAUCAACAGAAAAGAAAUGUCUCGCCUUUGGACUACUGAACUAUAAUAAUUUUUAUUUUUAAAAAAAACCAGUUUUCCAGUUUCUAGUACGGAAAGCGUUUCUUACUGAAAGUUCUGUUACAUUUUCUUUUUCUUUUUCCCCUAUUACUUAUCUUUUUUAAACCUUCAUGUGAUUGUGCUUUUUUCGCACUGAUGUAAGCACACUGUUGAACAAUAACUAUUUGGGUUUCUAUGUACGCCUGUUCACAUAUCAGUCGUUUACCCUUGGGGGCACUUACCAAAACAUUACUGUGACACUGAUUGUGCACGUUGUUUCGCUCUUUCGACCCGCCCCCUCAUCGAAUGACAGUCAAUGUAUAAAUGUUUCAAGAUAUGGCCCAUGCUUGUGUGCUGUGAUUGUUGUGUAUAUGUAUAGUGUUUACACAUUUAUAUAUAUAUAUAUAUAUAUAUAAGGUAGCUGUAAGACACAGGUGUAUGCUUCUGUGAAAUAUAGUCAUGGAUGUUGUUUGCAAGUAGAUAGAGACAGAUCCUGAGCACAUUGUGUCGGGAGUAUGAGAGAACAUUGAUGGGAGAUGCCUAACGUUGACAGUUGUAUGCCUUACACAUAGAGCAUGUAGCUUUCUCUUCUUUAAAAAUACUAUCUAUUGUAGGAGAAAUACCAUGAUAUAUUAUUGUUGCGAUUAUUAUAGUUACUAUUAUUUUUAUUUUUUUUAUUAUUAUUAUUUUAUUAUAGUUACUGUUAUUGCUGCGUAUAAUGUUCUCUGACUUUGUUAAAGAAGGUGAUUUCAAAUUUUUGCUGAGCAAAUUUUUGGUAAUGAGAAUAUUAUAAUAAGGUGUUAUUGAAAUGUAAAUACUUUUGAAAGUACUACUUCCUGUAGUGGUAUGUGACUCCCUUGCUAAGGUGUCAUGACUUGCUGAUGUCUAUUUGGGCAAAUGUUGUACUGUUAUAAUGAAUGAAACAAAACGUGCAAUAUUAGAGUGUAGACCGCUGGUUAUUGUUGUAUAACGAUUUCUUAGCCUCUCAUGUAAACGAUAAUAUGUCAAAACCAGUAUGCCUUAUGCAAUAAACACACAUUUAAAUUACUUGUGCAACCGAAAGCCAGACAAAAACAAUGUCGUGUUCGGUUACUGAGUAGUGUAUUGUAUCGAUACGUGAGUACUUGUACUGUGUUUCUCAUUGCAACGAUUUGUCAAGUGCCUUUGUUAUGGACAGAUAUGGACAAAUAGAAGGCUAAUAAAUGGGCUAUCUGUAUGCCAUAAGGUAAAUAC